GUGCUGCAGGGGGGGGUUACGCUUAUUGGUGGGAUAGACCUACACCAUUUACUUACCAUCUCAUUGAUGAGCAAAUACAUACACGCCGUCACGCUGUCUCGCCUACACGAAUGCUCCCUGUUUAACCCGCGCCCUCAUCGCAACUGAUCGAAGCAGUGCCGCUUCCCUCAUCAGUGCCGCCUCCCUCAACAGUGCCGCUUCCCUCAUCAGUGCCGCCUCCCUCAACAGUGCCGCUUCCCUCAACAAUGCCGCCUCCCUCAACAAUGGCGCGCCUUUUUCUUGUCCUUAUUUUUGCCAUGUGCGUGCGGAGCAUGGACCCAACAAAAAAGGGGAAUGAGAAUUUCCCCCAGAGAAAUGUGGCCAUUGAAGAAGCCAACUUUGACUCUGCAUUCCCAGCAUUCAACGUGCACUAUAACGUUGAGCCGAAGGACUGGAGGCACAUCGAAUUGGUAGAAAAGGAAAAACAAGACUUCCUGCUUGGCAUUAAAAAGGAAAUAAGAUUAAUGCAAGAAGAUAAAAACAAAAUUAAUUAUGUGCUGAAUGUUCAGAAACAGCAAUUGGAAGAGUUACAAUUUUUGCUAAAUCGUAUGAAGCACUUUAGAAGGAAGAGCCUCAUUGCAGAGGGGGAAGAGCAACUGAAGGUCGACCUCCUUGCCAUGCCGAGGUACCUACGGACUGGCACACUUUUCAGCGUUGACACCCUUGGUGAAGAAAAUGCCCUAAGGGAUUUUAACGAGCUACACAAUUACAGCGUAGACAAGUCCAGGUUAACCACCCGGGGGAGCUUUUACCACAAUUUGGCAGAGCAGUGGGUUGGCUGACUCCAGGAAAAGGGGGAUUCGAAAUGGACUUCCAAGAUGGGCGCCGCGGGGAGCACGCGAUGAGCGUGGUGAUGCUUUCUUUCUUUACCCAUGUGAUUUUAAUUGUGCCGAGGUAAAAAAUAAAAAGAAAUGCCUCAACUCCGGUUAAGCAGUUGGCUUUUGUCUUCUCCCUUUCUUAGCUGCUACCCCGGCUUCGCUCCAUUUUUGUUGCGCGCCUUUUUUCCAAAUGUUUGCAAAAAAGGCGCACCGCCGCGGAUCGGAGCACUGCUCUCCUGUGCGGCCAUGCGGUUUGGCGAGCCCACCCGUUCAAGGGCCUCGCCAAGGGGAAGCCGCUAAACGGUAGUCAAAUCAAACUUAAAAGCGUUUCCAAACUGAA